CAUCACAUAUCUAGACUACAUAUUUGCAACAACUUUGGCUCUUGAUUUGCAUUAUUCCUUCAGUAUUUCAUUUAUACGUUCUAUGGGCUUGAGAUAGCUUAAGGGAACAGAAUGGGAUCAAUAGCUCAGCAUGAAGACGAACCAAUGCGGCUCAACGCUGCCGCUCUACCUCCACUGGCAAUUAUUGGGCUUUCUUUCAAGUUCCCCCAAGAGGCUGUGACAGCAAGAGCUUUCUGGAAGAUGCUCAUUGAAAAGAGAUGUGCCUCGACAGACAUCCCACCAGAUCGUUGGGGACUCGAUGUUCACUACCAUCCAGACAACACAAAGAAUGAAACUUUGUCUGCGCGGGGUGGACAUUAUAUGACAGGUGACCUUGCUGCUUUCGACGCUCCCUUUUUCUCACUUGGCGCUGCUGAGGCUGAGGCCAUGGAUCCUUCUCAACGAAUUAGUCUUGAAACUGCUUUUAGAGCCAUAGAAAAUGCCGGUAUACCGAUCGAAAAGAUUGCUGGCACCAAGACAUGUGUAUUUUCUGGCUCGUUCUCCAGAGAUUAUGCUACUAUCUUGGACCAUGACCCCGAUGUUCAAGUAAAGUAUCGCGCAACCGGAACGGCCACGAACAUGCUUGCCAAUAGACUGAGUUGGUUCUUCGACUUGACCGGACCAAGUGUCAAUGUCGACACAGCAUGUUCCAGCAGCUUAGUAGCCUUGGACCUGGUCUGCCAGUCAAUCUGGUGUGGAGACUCCACAAUGGGGCUAGCAUGCGGAAGUAACGCGAUGUUCACUCCAGAUCUGGGAAUGGCUCUGGACAAUCUCGGAAUGCUUGGUGCAGAUAGCAGGUGUUAUAGUUUUGACCAUCGAGCAAACGGUUAUGCACGAGGAGAAGGUUUCGGCGUCCUCGUAGUGAAACCUCUCGAUACAGCUCUUCGUGAUGGUGACACGAUCCGAGCCGUCAUACGAUCCUCCGGCUCGAACCAAGACGGCAAAACUCCGGGCGUCACCCAGCCGAGCCGAGAGGCCCAAGCGCAAUUGAUUGUAGACACAUACGCCAAGGCCAGCCUUGAUUUGGGGCUCACUAGAUACUUUGAGGCUCAUGGCACUGGAACCCCAAUCGGUGAUCCGAUCGAAGCGGGUGCCAUAGGAGCUGCCUUCAGGGCGUACCGCUCUCCUCAAGAACCAUUAUAUGUCGGCUCAGUAAAGUCCAAUAUCGGCCAUCUUGAGGGUGCAAGUGGAGUUGCUGGCGUGAUUAAAGCAAUUCUUGCCCUCGAAGCAGGUGUCAUUCCUCCAAACAGUAAUUUUGAGAAGCUGAAUCCGAAGAUCGACGCAGACUUUUGGAACAUAAAGAUUGCUCAAGAUGCGAUUCCAUGGCCUACGAACGGCCUCCGAAGAGCAUCCAUUCAGUCUUUUGGCUUCGGCGGAUCCAACAGUCAUGUCAUUCUUGAUGAUGCCUACAAUUUCUUGCGCAUGUAUGGUUUGCAGGGUCAUCACAAUACCCUUCCCGCCCCGCCUGAGCCGUCUAGAGAUCUGGGCGAGGUCAUUCCCUCCAGCGGCCUUUCCAUUGCGCACUCCUUGACCAAUGGCGAUUCUAUCGGCAAUGUCAUGAAUGAGUCCACGUUUCCUAGACUUCUCGUUUGGUCUACCAUGGACGAGAGUGGCGUGGCGCGUCUCAAACCCGUUUGGAAGGAUUACUGCUUUAAUUUAAGGCUUCAAGAUUACCAGAUAUUCGACUAUGUCCGUGGUCUAGCUCAUACACUCGCCACAAGACGGAGCCAAUUUCCAUGGAGGACAUUUGUCGUUGCUUCGGAUCCUGAUAAUUUGUCUAGCCUGGCCGACCAGAUGAUUCCGGCCACUCGCGCUCAGACAGCACCUAAGCUUGCCUUUGUCUUUUCAGGGCAAGGCGCUCAGUGGCACGGCAUGGGCAGAGAGCUUCUGAGCCGAUAUCCUAUCUAUAAGAACAGUCUGGUUGAUGCUGGUAUAUAUCUGAUGGGACUUGGAUGUCCCUGGGACCCUGUCGAGGAGUUAUCAAAGGACAAGGAUCAUUCAAAGAUCAAUGAUCCAUUUUACAGCCAGGCUCUCUGUACUAUUCUACAAAUUGCCCUGGUUGAUGUUAUGGACAGCUUUGGUGUCCAUCCUUCUGCUGUCGUUGGGCAUUCAUCCGGAGAAAUUGCUGCUGCGUACUGUACUGGUGCAAUUUCAAGGCAAGCUGCUUGGAAAAUUGCGUAUUUCCGGGGCAAGCUGGCCGCUAAGCUUGUUCAAACGAGCCAGACCCAAGGUGCCAUGAUGGCAGUAGGCCUUUCGUCUUCAGAAGCCGAAAAAUAUCUGAAGAAAGUUUCUGAUGAAUUGGGAGAAACUCGCCUCGUGGUCGCCUGCGUCAACAGCCCCAGAAAUGUGACCGUUUCGGGUGAUUCCGCACACAUCAAACGCCUACAGAGUGCCCUUGAAACCAGUGAGAUCUUUGCACGAGCGCUGAAAGUUACCGUCGCCUACCACUCAUUCCAAAUGCAAGAGAUGGCAGAGGAGUAUCUCCAUGAACUUGGUAGCCUAGACAAGCCAUACAGUGUUUUGAUGAAGAACGCUCCUGUAAUGGUCUCAUCUGUCACGGGAAAUUGGGUUUCGCCAGAGGAGUUGUCCAACCCUAAGUACUGGGUCAGCAAUCUAGUUUCUCCUGUCCUUUUCUCGCAAGCGCUUACAACGCUGUGCUCCUUCACUUCAGCAUCAACGAGCUCUUCGGGCAACACAACAAUCAUGAAGCUUGAUGGUAGCCACCGUCACCAGGUGUCCAUCAGCGAUCUGGUCGAGGUCGGGCCCCACUCCGCUCUUCAAGGCCCCAUCAGAGAAAUCCUGUCGAACAUAAAUAGGAGCCAAGGGAUCAACUACAUGUCGAUGUUAAUUCGCAACAAAUCAGCAGUUCAUAGCACUCUCGAGGUUCUCGGACGCCUGUACUGCCUAGGUUAUUCUCUUGACUUAGAGCGUGUUAACGGAGAAAUUGUUUGGACUGGAAAAAAGAGAACAGCGGCGAAACUCGCAAAGUCACUUACAACACUUCCUGAGUAUCCAUUCAAUCACGCAAAGUCCUACUGGGCUGAGGGUAGGCUGAGUAAGAACUAUCGCUUCCGACGCUGCGUAAGGCACGAUUUGGUGGGUGCUCAGUCUACAGAUUGGAACCCGUUGGAGGCGAAAUGGCGCAAUAUCAUCAAGCUCUCAGACAUUCCUUGGGUCGAGGAUCACAAGAUAAACAACACGAUUCUGUAUCCGGCCGCAGGUAUGCUCGUCAUGGCAAUUGAGGCAUCGAAGCAGCUCGCCGACCCCUCCAAAGAGCUGGCAGGUUUUCUUUUCAAAAAUGUUUCUUUCCAUUCUGCACUCAACAUUCCCAGCACCUCUGCCGGCGUCGAAGUUAACCUAUGUAUGCAUCCUCGAAAGGACCAGGAUGAGAAAGACGAAGGAUGGUACAACUUUCGUGUUUACACAUACAACAAUGAGCUCAAUGACUGGCACGAGAACUGUAACGGGUCAAUCCAGAUCGUAUAUGAAGUAGCCGAGAAUGAUGUUGACAAAGGUCGAGAGCAACAAGCGUGGGCUUCCUCGUGUCGGGCCAGAUACAUGGACGGUGUUCAGUCGUGUACAAGCGAAGUGGGGACCGAACUCUUGUAUAACCGACUAGCAGAAAGUGGCUACGGCUAUGGCCCCACCUUCCGACUCAUCAAGGGACUUCAUCAUAAUGGCGCCGAUACCACGGUGGCUGAUGUUGAAGUGUAUCGUUGGUCUGGAUACUACGAUGGAAACGACCCCGAACAGCCGCACGUUAUCCACCCCACCACACUUGAUUGUGUCUUGCAGGGAAUAUUGACGACGCAUACCAAGGGUGGUACAGAGAAGAUUCCAACCGCCAUACCGACUCAUGUUACAAAGCUCUGGAUUUCCAGAAAGGGACUCAGCCAUACAGAUGCGAGUCUCGUCAAAGUUUUUGCCACGGGGCGAAGGGUCGGUAUGCGAGAGACUGAAUCGAACCUUAUCGCCCUUGAUGCAACAGAGACCGAAGUGUUGAUCGAUGCAGAGUGUUUCAAGGCCACAGAUAUUGGCUCAGAUGUAACCCAAGAUGAAGACUCGGCGCAGACCGUAACACCAAAUCUUUGUCAUACUGUGGAUUGGAAAGCAGAUCUGGACUUGCUCUCGCCUCAAGAGCUAGAAGCCUUUUGUGAUUUCUCGGUGUCCGAUACUGCUGAGCCAUUGGACUUCUUCACUGAGGUCGACUUUUUGCUGACCGCUUAUAUCAGACGUGCUGUGAAGGCACUUAAGGGUGCAGAUGUCACGGAAUGGAAGCCACACACCCAAUUAUAUUAUGGCUGGAUGAAGUACCGCACUCAACUGCUUGAACAUCAAGACUCCCCUUUCAACUCGCCCGAGUGGCGAGCCCGCCUAGAUGAUGAGGACUACAUCAGUCGCCUUGCUAAAAGAGUUGCCGCGACCAAUAAACAGGGACUGUUCUACACAACCGUUGGUGCCCAUCACAUCAAACUUCUCACGGGAGAAGAGGACGCCUUAAGCCUGUUGUUCAAUGGCGAUCUAGUCAAGGAUCACUACUACGAGAUCGAAGAAACAUCUCCAGCCAUGGCGAGACUCGGCGCACUGCUUGAUGCCAUGGUCCACAAGAAUCCGGGCGCUAAGUUUCUUGAAAUAGGCGCAGGUACUGGCGCCAUGACACAUCAGCUGAUGAAGACGUUGACUCACCAUGGGGACGGCGAAGCUUGUUCAGCGCCUCGGUACGCUCAAUACGACUACACGGACCUUUCCCCCUUUUUCUUUGGUGAUGCCCAAGCAAAGUAUGGUUCCAACUCCAGAAUGCAGUUCAAAACACUCAAUAUCGAAUCCGAUCCUGAUGAACAAGGGUUCGAGUCCGGGACCUACGAUGGCAUCUUUGCAGCGGCGGUAUUACAUGCUACAAAGGACUUGUCUAUGACCUUGGAAAACUGCCGGAAACUGUUGAAACCAGGAGGCAAAAUCAUGCUCUUCGAGCCUACGAUGGCAUCAGAUGGUCUAAGAACAAACUUCGCUUUUGGACUCCUAGAAGGCUGGUGGCUUAGCACAGAGUCCUACCGCAAAUGGAGCCCAUGUCUGAGUGAAGAAAAGUGGGAUGUGCUCUUCAAGCAGACUGGGUUCUCUGGGAACGACUGUCUCUUCUACGACUACAAAGUAAAGCCUUGCCAUGAGUUCAGCGUUUUGGUAGCGACUGCAGUCGAACAGCCUUCGUCAGUCCCACCGUCUCUGGACAGCAGUACAGAAGAUACAGAGAUUGUUGUUAUCCACGGGUCUGAUCAAGGUUCGAAACAGCUUGCUCAAACCCUCCAGAAUCGUCUCGAGAGCUCUAAGACGGCGUACUCCCAAGGCACAGUUCGCAUUCGAGUCUCAUCAGUCCAGGAUGCUUUGAGUCCAGAUUUUCGAGGCGAAUCGCUCUUCAUCUUUUUACUAGAGCUCGGACAGCCGGUUUGGUAUGGCAUCAAUCUGGAUCUCUUCAAGUCUCUUCAAGAGCUCUUGACAUCCAAUCCCACGACAAAAUCUGUGUGGAUCUCUUCUGAUUCUGGUUAUGGGGAUGAAGGUAACGCUUUAUCGGCACCUCCGUCUUAUCGACUCAUCGACGGGCUUUCGCGGGUGCUCAACUCUGAAGUCGACGGCCCAACACUUACUUAUCUCACUCUUGACUGCGCAAGUGGAACUCUGAGUGACAAGCAAAUCCAUCACAUAGUUCAAGUUACACAACGACUCCUGAAAUCUGCUUCUUCUGAUGAGGUGGUCGAUACGGAGUACCUUGAACGCAAUAAUAUGUUGCAAAUACCCCGUUUGAUCGAGACUACGGUGCUCAACGAAGAAAUCUACAAACGAGUAGUACCACAUCAGACAGUUCAGCGGAAAUGGAACGAGACUGACGGUGUGCCACUUCGAUUGAUUGUUGGCUCUCCGGGUCUUCUGAACACCUUGCAGUUUGUCGAGGACAAAGAGCGGAAUGUUAAGCCCUUGUUGCCGGACGAGGUUGAGAUUGAGGUCAAGAGUGUCGGUCUCAACUUUCGCGAUCUGUUGAUUGCUCUUGGCCGCCUUCAACAACCAACGGUUGGCUGCGAAUGCGCCGGUAUCAUCACACGACUUGGUUCAGCGGUCCCAGCUGAAGCUUUUCGCGUUGGUGAUCGAGUCGCCAGCUUCCCUUACGAUACAUAUAAGUCCUUUGUUCGUAUGAAUUGGCCUGCCGUCGCCCACGUUCCUGAUGGAAUUCCCUUUUCGGUCGCUGCUGCUGUGCCUGUAAACUACGCAACAGCCUGGAUGGCGUUUAGAGAUCUCGCUAGGCUUCAACCAGGGGAAACCGUGCUAAUUCACUCUGCUGCUGGAGGCACUGGUCAAGCAGCUAUUCAAGUUGCGCAAUAUCUAGGUGCUACCGUCCUGGUAACUGUGGGUAUUGAGACCAAGAAAGAAUUCUUGAUGAAGACAUACAACAUUCCAGCGGAUCACAUCUUCUCCAGUCGAGAUCCGACUUCAUUCGCCCGUGGUGUGAAGCGUGCCACGAUGGGAAAAGGUGUCGACGUUGUCUUCAAUUCACUAUCUGGUGAAGGGCUCGUGGCAUCCUGGGAGUGCAUCGCCCCCUAUGGCAGAUUCGUCGAGAUUGGCAAGAAAGAUAUCCUAGCCCGAAACCAGCUCCCCAUGGCACAAUUCGAGAAGAAUGUUACAUUCAGCGCGCUGGAUAUCAGCACUUUUCCUCGGGAUCGCCCUCAUGUCGGCCGAAAAGCCCUCGAGGAUGUAUAUGCACUCAUUGUGGAGGGAACACUGUCACCAGCUCAGCCACUUCAAGUCUAUGGCGUUUCGGAGAUCGAAAAAGCUUUCCGUACAAUGCAGAGCGGAAAGACCUUUGGAAAGAUUGUUGUGGAGAUGAGGCCCGAUGAUAUCGUGCAAGCUACUAUUGACACAAAGCCAAGUUUCAACCUAGACGCCGAUGCAACUUAUCUUAUUGCUGGAGGUCUCGGCGGUAUUGGUCGUAGCAUCGCGGCUUGGCUGGUUGAACGUGGUGCCAGGAACCUCAUUCUCCUCUCCCGAUCUGGACUCAAAAAUCCACACGCUGAGAAACUCAUCGAGGACUUAGGUGUUAAAGGGGCCAAGGUCGCUGUACCAGCAUGCGAUAUAUGCGAUAUCACGGCGCUCGAAACGGUAAUUGCCUCUUGUUUGAGAGACGGGCUGCCUCCGGUCAAGGGCUGCAUUCAGGCGUCAAUGGUUCUUCGUGAUGCUGCCUUUGCGGGCAUGACACACGAAGCUUGGCAAGCAGCGACAGCACCAAAGGUUCAGGGUUCGUGGAACCUACAUAAACUUCUGCCUGUCGAUAUGCAAUUUUUCAUCACACUCUCAUCCAUAACUGGAGUGGUGGGUUCACGAGGUCAAGCCAACUAUGCUGCCGGAAACACCUACCAGGAUGCUUUGGUCCACCAUCGUGUAUCCCUCGGCCAGCGUGCAGCAGCAAUCGACUUAGGUCCUCUCUUUGCAAUGGGCGUAAUGACAGAAGACAUGGACAUGCGAAAACGGUGGGAAGCGAUGGUCGAUGCUCCCGUGACUGAAGCUGAUCUAUAUGCUCUGCUUGACUACUAUUGCAACCCGGCAUAUGAUGAGGGCCGCGAUUCUCCAAAGACAGCGCCACUACGUUGUCAAGCUGUUGUGGGCCUGGCACGCUGGCUCAGCGACAAGACAGAGCUCUAUUUCAAGAAGCCGAUGUCUCGAGGCUUGACCAUAGGCAAUAAUAUGUCGGCAGUAAGCAGAGGAUUGGAUGGGGGCGCAGACCAACGUGUGGAUUUCAAGAGCGUUUUUGAGAGCGCGGCAUCGCUGAACGAGGCAGGACAGGCCGUCACCAAGGCAUUGGCGCGCAAGUUAGCCUCGACAUUGUCAUUGACGAUAGAGGAGCUCGAUACAACAACUCCUAUGCACAGCUAUGGAGUUGACUCUCUGGUAGCAGUCGAGCUUCGCAAUUGGUUUGCCAAAGAGGUUCAUGCCGAUAUCGCCAUUUUUGAUAUUCUGGGAGGAGCUACCAUUGCUACUGCUGGCGCCUUAGCUGCAGCAAAGAGUAAAUAUCACAAGGCUGAAUGGACAACAUGAGGGUUCUAGAUGUCUAUCACAAUUGUCAGAGCUGCGUUCGCUGUAGCUAUAAUAUGUUUAGACCUAUUCCUGUUAACUAAAGACAAAUGAAAGUCAUCAGAAC